GGGCAAAAGCCAUGGGUCUGUCUGCGUCCUCCCCGGCUGCUGCGGGUCAGUCGCCAAAUGCGCCCAAGCAACAUCACACGGCGUCUCUGCCUUCAGAAUGUCCUAUGCACCAGGAAAAAAUGAGUGGUUGUCCAAUGCACAUGAAGACUCCUGAUCACAGAACUGAGAACACAGAUGAUGUUCCUGCACAUCAGGAAAGAGCGUAUGAAUUUGUAGCAUGUCCGGUGACAUCUGGUGCAUCUCAAGUGAAAGAUGACAUAGAUCCUAGCAACAUGAUGCCUCCUCCUAAUCAGCAGCCAUCCCCAGAUCAACCGUUUCCAUUGUCAACUGUUAGAGAAGAAUCUUCCAUUCCUAGAGCGCAUUCUGACAAGAAAUGGGUCUACCCUUCAGAGCAAAUGUUCUGGAAUGCUAUGCUAAGAAAAGGGUGGAGGUGGAAAGAUGAUGACAUAACAGGUGAAGACAUGACCAAUAUCAUUAAGAUUCACAACCAAAAUAAUGAGCAAGCUUGGAAGGAGAUUUUGAAGUGGGAAGCUCUUCAUGCUGGGGAAUGUCCAUGUGGACCGUCACUGAUGCGGUUUGGAGGCAAAGCAAAGGAAUAUUCACCAAGAGCCAGAAUACGUUCAUGGAUGGGAUAUGAACUUCCCUUUGACAGACAUGAUUGGAUUGUUGACCGAUGCGGAAAAGAAGUGCGAUACGUUAUUGAUUACUAUGAUGGUGGAGCAGUAGAUAAGAACUACCAGUUCACUAUCCUGGAUGUUCGCCCUGCAUUUGAUUCUCUCUCGGCUGUAUGGGACAGAAUGAAGGUAGCUUGGUGGCGGUGGACUUCAUAACUAUUCCUGUGGUGUGUAGUCGAAAAGUAAACCACUUUCCUCCUAGACGAAGGAUAAGUGAAUAGUAGGACUUGAAACAGAAGUUCACUGCAACUGUCAUUAUUUUCAUCAUCACCACUGUUCUUUGGGGUGGGAAGGGAGGAUGGGGAGAUCUGUUGUGAAGUACACUGGUGCUUUAUGGUGUUUUGAGUUAAAUAAUAAAGUUAUAGUAG